GAGACCUGUGCAACUGCAGCGCCGUGGGGAGCGUCAGCGAGGCCGAAUGCAACGGCACGACGGGGCAGUGUCCCUGCCUGGAGGGCUACACGGGGCUGCGGUGCCAGAGCUGCGCCCCGGGGUUCUACCUGGAGCAGAGUGAGCAGAGUCCUGUGCCUGGUCUCUCAUCUCCCACUCCCUACAGCGGGCAAGGAGCCAAGCAGCGGCAGCAAAGGCAGUUUAGGGGGGACGGGGGUCUCCAGCCUCCCCAGCUGGGGCAGCGGUGGGAGCGCUGGGGCUCCUCGCAGGGUCUCUGCAGCACCCCGCACACCCCUGCCCUCCACAUCCUGCGGUGCUCCUUCGCCCAAAAUGUCACUGGUGUCCCCAGCUCUGGGAAGUGCCAGUGUAAGGUGGGUGUCACGGACCCGAAGUGUGACCAGUGCAGCGAUGGAUACUACAGGUUUAACGAGACCACCUGCGAGCCGUGCCAGUGCAACAACCGCUCCAAAACCUGCGACAGCCUAACAGGCACCUGCCUGCACUGCCAGGAGAACACCGAGGGAGCCCGCUGCGAGCUCUGCAAGGAGGGAUUCUACCGAAGCACCCAGCCUGCCCACGCCUGCCUGCGCUGCCCCUGCUCCACCGUGGCAUCCACCGGCACCUGCCGCAUUCAGCCUGGCGAAACUGCCCCAACAUGUGACAAAUGCAAAACUGGGUACACUGGCCCGAACUGCAACCGCUGCGACAACGGCUACUACAACUCCGACAGCAUCUGCGUGAGGUGUAAAUGCAACGGGAACGUGGACCCGGCACUGUCGCCCCGCGUGUGCGAGCCGGAGAGCGGGGAGUGCAUCGGCUGCCUGUACCACACCGCGGGGGUCCACUGCGAGGAGUGUGAGGAUGGCUACGUCCGAGACUCCGAGGGGACCAACUGCACCAGGAAAGAAGCCACUCUUGGCCCAGAAACAAAGGAGUUUACAACUUCUGCUCCAAAUGCCAGCAAGGCAACAUCAUUUUCAACUGCAGUGAUAAACAGUACGUUGUCCCCAACGACUAUACAGACUAUAUUUCCUCUGAGUUCCUCUGACAAUAGUACCUCUGCUUUUGCAGAUGUUUCAUGGACUCAGUUUAACAUAAUUAUUUUGACAGUUAUCAUCAUCGUUGUGGUCCUACUGAUGGGCUUUGUGGGCGCUGUCUACAUGUACCGCGAGUAUCAAAACAGAAAACUGAAUGCUCCUUUUUGGACCAUUGAACUCAAAGAGGACAACAUCAGUUUUAGCAGCUACCACGACAGCAUCCCCAAUGCUGAUGUUUCGGGGCUUCUGGAAGACGAUGGGAAUGAGGUGGCACCGAACGGACAGCUGACGCUGACAACUCCCAUGCAUAAUUAUAAAGCUUAGAAGGAGUUGGCUUAAAAAAGUUCCAGGGCUUGUUGA